GUUGAUGUUCGAAGCCAAAGCCUACUGUGGACGCAACUAUUACGGGCACAACUGCAGCGUUGCUUGUAUGGCUCGCAAUGACUCCAGAGGCCAUUACUCGUGUCAUCCAACAAACGGAAGCAAGAUUUGUUUUGCUGGUUGGAUUGGCGAAAAUUGUAUUGUCAAACGAAACCAGUGUUCCGGUGUGACAUGUCGCAAUGGAGGAACUUGUCAGAAUCUCAUCAACAUGUUCUCCUGCGAUGCCCAGCCGGCUUCGAGGGCCGCUUUUGUGAGGCUGAGAUCAAUGAAUGUCUGGACUCUGCCGUCUGCCAACACGGCGAGUGUGUCAACACACCUGGUUCAUUCGUCUGCACUUGUUUUCAAG